AUGAACUAAUAGCGCGCAAAAAGAAAUGCUACAAAAAUAACAUAUAGUGUGGAGGAAGAGAAUGAAUCAGAUUCCUCGUCUAAGUAGAUGAAGAAGAAAUAGAAGAAAAAUAACAAGGUGACAAUCAUCGAAUGUAAGAAGAAAGUGAAAGCUUAACCAUUACUUCGUUUUAGUCCAAUUGCAUGGUCUAGAUUAAUGAAUGUUGGGAAAUUACUAGGAUAAGUAGAUACUUUAGGUAUUUUGAAUAACGAUGAGAUUGAUAUGACUAUGUAAUAGAAUGAUGUUGGAUAAUUGAAUGUUUAUAAGGAAUGGUUUGAUGGAGAUUAUAAAUAUGAAUUAGAUGAGAAAUCUAAUUUAAUAAAGGUAUAAACUUUUAUUAAGAUGAUAGCCAUUGGAGUUUAAGAGUAAUUUGCAUUAUUUACAUUAAUUUGAGAAGCGUAUUUAAAAUAGAUAUUAUUGGGAUAAUGAAUCAGUAUGGAGAGAUUUACGUAAGUUAUUUGGAAAUACUUAUAUGAGAUGUAGAAAUGUGUAGGAUUACAAUUAUUUGAGUAAAGUAUGGUUAGAUGGUAAAGUGAAGAUCAAGCCAAAUAUGGAUGUAUUUAAUAGUUAAAUAGAAAUUGAUGUAAAGAAUCUGAUGGAGAUUGAUAAAGAAUUUAAGGUGUAAACAACUAAAUGGCCAGUAAUUCCAGAUAAGAAGGAUAUUCGAUCAUAUUAGGAAAUAUACAAUUAUGAACCUAAUCCAAAUCAAGAACCUUAUAUAGAAUAGAUAAAAGAGAAAUUAUCAACUUCUAAGAGACCUGUAAAAUGUGAUAAAGAUUGUAUUUGUUUUGAUUUGAGUAAAAUGGGAUCAUUUUCAUAUGUUAAUAUUACUUGGGAUUCUGAAUGUCCAAAUAGAAAAAAUAGAGUAGAGUGUUUGGAACAUGAAGGAACAGAUUAACCAUGUAUGAAUAUGUCAAUAUAAUUGAAAUAACAUUAAGUGAAUAAAUUAAAAUAAGAAGAGAAUGCUGAUGUAGAAGUAAUAAUGUAUAAUUAAAAUAGGAAACACCUUGUUGGGGUAUUGAUGCUUAUACUAGAAAAGUAAUUAUGAAUAUACUACCUUUAAAUUAUGAUGAGACAUAAAAGAAUAAAUUUAUGGAGAAAUUAUUAUUGGCUAUUAAUAGACCAUCUGAUAAAGAAAAUGCAUAUGAUAUGAGAUUAGCAUGUGAUUAUAUUAUAAAAGAAUCUAAAUUGAUGUCUAGUCAUUACAAUAAAGAUGAUAGAAAAAUGGCUAAAUAGAUUUAAAAAGUUAUUAAAUAUGAUCCAGAAGGAUUUAGAAUACAUACUAAAGGAUUUGGAUUAGUUUGUGUUAAUAAAUAAGGAAUCAAGAAUAAUUCAUUAAUUAUUCCUUAUUUAGGUGAAAUAUAUCAACCUUGGAGAUGGUAUGAAAAAUAGGAUUUUAUUAAAAAAUAAAUGAAAGAACAUAAUUAAAAAGAUAUAUUACCAGAUUUUUAUAAUAUAAUGUUAGACAUUCAUAGAGAUGAUAUUAAAGGAAUUGAUUUCUUAUUUGUAGAUCCAAUAAAUAAAGGCAAUUAUUCAUCUAGAUUGAGUCACUCUUGUAAUCCAAAUUGUGGAACAGUUACUACUGUUAGUAAUGGUACAUAUGUAAUUGGAAUGUAUGCAAUGAGAGAAAUUCAAUAUGGAGAGGAACUUACUUUUGAUUAUUGCUCAUUCACUGAAAGUAAAUAAGAAUAAUUAUAAGCAUUAUGUUUAUGUGGUAGUGAGAAAUGCAAAAUGUAAAUUUAAUAUUAUAAUAUUAGUUAUUACUUAUAACUAUCUAAUUGUAAGGAGUAUAAUGGAAUAUUAGAUAAAGAGCAUUGUUUUCUAACAAGGAAUGCUAUUUUGUUAAAAUCAUGUAGUGAUAAUGUAGAUAAAUCGAAUGAAGAUUCAGAAUUAUAUAGUAAAUACAGAAUUGGAUCAAGUGUAUUAAAUGAUUGUCCAUUGUGGUUAAAGAAUUGGGUUGGUUAUAUUUUGAAAUUCAUAGAUUAAGAGUAUUAUUCAUAUUUAAUAUAAUUAGACGUCAAACAUAUAAAAGUGAAUUAAAUUUAAAAUAUGAAUAAACAGCAGAAGUUGAAUAAUGGAAUCAUUUUACUGCUACAUAACAUUCAGAGGAUAGAAUUUAGAAUCUUAUAUUCACUUUAGAUAAAAUUAAAUUCUUUUUAAAUAAUAGUGAUAGUAGUGAACCACCAAUCUCUAUUAUUGGAGAUAGUGAUUUAUUAGAAAGUUUUUGGAAAGAUUAUUCUUCAGGAACAUCAAAUGAAUCUUCAUUUUUUAAUGAAUUAUAUCAAUUAUUUCAAAAACACAAUCAAAAAAAAAUGAUUGAACUUAUUCAUAUCAUUUACAAAAAAAAAUAAUAAUUGCAUGAUUAUAAAGAAAACAUUCAUAAUAUUCAUAGAUAAGAACUCUUAAUAACAAGAAUGCUAUUUUUAACAUUAUCACAUAUGCUUAUGUAACAAUAAUACACUUUCCAUCAUGAAGCAUUGUCUCUAAUUCUUUAUAUGAUGGCAUUUACAUAUACAUAUUUUAAACCAUAUGAGUAUACUGGAUUCUCAUCUCCUCCAAUUGAGGAUUUAGAAUGGAGGAAAGUUGGUGCUUUUAAAAAGAAAUGUAAAAGUGAAGGAAGAGCUUAUUCUUCUUAAUUUGUUUGGGGACAAUUAAUAGGAUGGUUCAAAUAGACUGUGGCAGCACCUUAAGCAUCACUUUCUUAAGACAGAAGAGGUACUCUAUCUUAUCCAGCCAUUUCAUCUUUUGAUAAAGCUGGAGAUAAGGCUUAUCCAUUUUAAUAAUCUAAGGCAUAAAGUAGUCGUUCUUAUUUCAUUCAACAUUUAUUGGAUAAACCAAGUUAUAUGUGGCCACCUGAAACUGCCAGUUGGAGUUAUAAAAAUACAUACAAAAUUUAUGGAACAAUUUUAUUUGAAUAAUUUUAUUCAACUGAAUUAGAAGAGGAUUUCUUGGAUGAAGUUCUUGCUAGCCAUACACGAGAAUAUGAUUCAAAGUUUUAACUCUUUGUCAAAUAUGAAUCCAAAAAAUUUAAACAUUCUCUUGAUCUUUUUGAUAAAUUCAAAGAAAUCUUCAAACCAUACAUUGGAGACAAUUAGUUAAAUUAUAAAGAUGUCAUUGUAGCUCCAUUAAGAUAUCGAAGGUGUAAAUUCGAAAAUAAUUCUAAAAGAGAAGCAUAUAUAGAGAGUUUAAGAGCAGAAGGCAAAUCAGAAGAAGCUGAUCUUAUCUAGAAAUUCCCAUUCAUAAGUUAUGCAAUAUGAU